GCCUUCUACAUAUUUUUCUUUCCCAUUGUAGUAGUUGUUAUUUCCUCUAUUCAAUUGAAAAGUAUAGUAGCUGAGAUUGUUAUUUUUUUAUUUGCACAAGCAGGGGAAGGAGUUGGAAGCAAUGUUCCCCAAAAUGUUACUGCCCCAUCUAUUGAUCCAGUGGUAGUUUUUUGUCUGAACUUAAUGUUCCCCUUAACUUAAAUAUUUUUUUGUUCUAUCAUGGCUGUGCUUACUUUGCUUCUCAUAUGUCUUUCACAGGGUAAAGCAAAAAGGCAAAAGAAAAAAGUCCUUAAGACCUUUAACACUCACUCAGUCCAACAAGAGACAAGGGUUGACACUCAAUCUUCACACCCUGCCCAACCACCAGUAGAGGGUGUGGACUACAAUACUGAGCCCUCCAACCCUGCUACCCCAACUGCACUCAACCAUGGGCCAAAUUUCAAACCCAAGCAAGCUAUAACUAGACUUCCAGCACCUACAGUGCACCACCCUCAACAGCAGGCCACAGCCCCAAUAGUUCAGCCACCUCUACAGCAAGCAACAACCCCAAACUCACAACCAUCAACUCAGCAACAACUUCCACCUGAAGGAGCAACUGACUCAGGGACUGCCACAACUCCCUUCAUGUUUAUCCCCACACUAGGCCUAAAUGCACCCCACAAAUUCAAGCCAACAUAUGGGUUUAGGCCACCAAGGAUUCAGCAAUGA